UGCCUUGCCCCGCUGCGUGGCCUGACGUAGCUGAUCGGCCCGGAAGCGCUCACACGUGUGCUCCCUGCCCUCCUCCUGGCCCCUCGGCCGGCCGGGCUGUUUCUGGCCAUGGGUCGCUCCCGCCGGACAGGCGCGCACCGAGCGCACUCUCUAGCCCGGCAGAUGAAGGCGAAGCGGCGGCGGCCGGACCUGGAUGAGAUUCACCGCGAGCUGCGGCCUCUGGGACCCGCACGGCCCCAGCCCGACCCAGACGCCGAGCCCGACCCCGACCUGCCAGGGGGCGGCCUGCACCGCUGUCUGGCCUGCGCGAAGUACUUCAUCGAUUCCGCCAAUCUGAAGACCCACUUCCGAUCCAAAGACCACAAGAAAAGGCUGAAGCAGCUGAGCGUCGAGCCCUACAGUCAGGAAGAGGCGGAGAGGGCAGCGGGUAUGGGAUCCUAUGUGCCCCCCAGACGGCUAGCAGUGCCCACAGAAGUGUCCACUGAGGUCCCUGAGAUGGACACCUCUACCUGACAUGGCCUGAAGAUGCAGGGCAGAGGAGUUGCCUAUGGACAGUGACGCAAGGACUAGGCUGGGAGGGAGCUGCCAACCCCUUUGGCUCUGGGUUUGGGGAACGGAGGGCCUCUUCUGGGUGCCCUGCCCCCAAUAAAGGAACUGGACAAAGAGA